AUGAAAGCCAUAAAGAUUCUUUCUGAUAUGAGCGCUACUUCACAUUCGGCAAUAGAAAAGUGGCACUCAUCACUUGCUUCCACUAUUUCUCCUGAGGUUCUUCCAAAUAUAGUCAAGAAGAUCGAGCUUGUCACAUCAUGGAGAAAACAGACAGUACAGUGGAGGUAUGAGAUCGGGAGGAGCGGAAGAUUAAAAGUGAUGGAAGAUGCACGACCAGCUGCUGUUGAGGAAGAUGAAAAUGUCAGAGAGCAUGUCCCCUCCCUGUGA